AUGAACAACAUGGCUGUCGUCCCGACCUUUACCGGCUUUGUCGGUACAAGCAUCGACGCCGCCCUCCUCGCCGAGGCGGCGUUGGUGUACCAGCGGCUCUCGUCGCUGAUGGACCGGCCCCGUCACGGCGGUCUGGCCCCCCUCGCGGCUAGCGGAGCCGUGUGGGUGUACGGCGGCGAUGUUCGCCGCUGGAAGGACUCGCGCGCGUGGUCGGAUGCGCGAAAUCUCGGACACGGCUUUAACGUGUACCGGGAGACCACCAAGGACCCGGGCGAGAUGAUGACCCAGGCGGAGAUUGAUCAUGAGACCACCAACCGGGCCGAUUUUGAGCCCUACCUGGGCCCCUUGGUAGGGCUCAAAAACGCCAAGAGGGGCGGCCUUGUUAAAAAGGCCAUCAUGUUUACCCUGGGCGGUAAGGACUUCGGCGUGGUGGCCUAUUACACCAUGGCCGAUGCCCUCCGCGAGGGUUACUUCGCCCGCCCGCGCGACAAUCUGGACGUCUUCCCCCCCCGGGUCCCCGUCGCCCCCGCUGCCGCCGAUGGCAGCGACCAACCGUUCUUCGUCGGCCUCCGCCAGGACUACUGGCGGCAACCGGCCAAGGCUGCCCGCCGGGUAGUAAUGGCCGACGACAACAACCAGACGCGCCCGAACGCAGGGGCCGUCUGGCGAACCGACGUGGCCGAGGUCCCGUGGGAGAUGUACAAGGGCUCCGGCCCGAACGGGAUCUCCCCGUUCAACCCGGUAACGGAGGAUGGGGGGUUGUCGCCUGAGGGUGAUGUGGUGGCUCCUGGUGCUGCGGCUCCUGGAGGUGCUGCUUCGCCCUUGGGCGUCGGCGCCCCUGCUGCUGCCCCCGCCUCCGGGGGCAAUAACCUCGGCCUCGUCGGCCAAAAUGCCGACGACGACAACAACAUCUGGGGCUUGGGCAACCCCGGAUUUGUCCCCGUCCCUGACCAGCAGCACCAGCAAGGGCAGCUGGCGCAGCAGCAGCAGCAGCAACAACAACAGCAGCAGCAACAACCUGACCAAGAACAGGUUGCACAACAGCUGCAAGAGAUGCACGCCCGGCAGCUGCGGGGAAAUCAGCAGGUCCUAGACGAACUUGACCUUGCAAAAGAGGAGGUCCAGGGCUUCGACUUCAUGAAGUGGUUGAGGGAGCAGCCGGAGCAGCCACAGCAACAAGAAGAAGAGGAGCAGCAGCAGCAACAAGAGCAACAGCAGCAACAACAGCAACAACAAGAGCAGCCUCAAGAGCCACGGCAACAAGAGCUGCAACAACAAGAACAGCAGCAAGAGCUGCAACAGCAGCCGGCCACCCCCGUCUGGGACCAUGAGAACCAGAACGGCAACCCUCUGGCCCUGCUACACAACCAGGCCCAAGCAGCAGAAGUCCCGGGACUGAACCUUACCGGCCUCGACUUCUCCAUCAACGAAGGCAUGAACGACUUCGACAUGAACGAGGUCAAUAUCGGCCCCCAGGACGACCUCCAUGUUCACAUAGACUACGAAAUGCCUGACGCCAACGCCGCCAAUCCUGCUGUUGCUCCUGUUCCUGAUCCGCUUGCUCCUGCCGCUCCCCCGCUGUUCCCCCCCGCUGCUGCCGACGCUGCUGCUGCGCCUGCUGAAGCCCCCGACGCCGACUUCGAUGCCGACUUCGACGACAAUUUCGACGCCGAUGCUGCUGGUCUGGGAGCCAACUUCCCCCCAAUCCCUGGUCUCGCCCCCCCCUUCGACCAGCCAGUCUUCAUCCCCGGAACUGGCUGGGCGUAUAUCAUCCCCAGUGUCGACGGUUUGGACAACCACAUCAUACCGCUCGGCUGGGGAUACCCGGGGUUGUUAUCUGACGCCAAUCCCCUGUUAGGGGGACAACAACAACAACAACAACAACAGCAAAAAGACUUGGGACAGGGGGUAGUUGGGGAUUAA